GUAUGACGGCGACUACGACGACAACGAACGACCGGUUUCUGCCGUCUGUCCGUCGGUGAGAAGGAAACGAGGAAAAAAUAGAAACCAUCGCCUGUGACCGUAAUGUGAUAUAAUGCCUCCUGGGCGGCAGUGGCGGUGGUUAUUGCCCGAUUAAAAGCGUAACAACUAACAAUAAUAUUGUAACCGACGACCGUAUUAUACUGUUUUACAUUUAAAACCAACGCACUAUGUGAUAUUGUACGAGUUACGACAAUUUCGGGUCUUCACUCGUCUCCAGUGUAUAGUCAAUACCGCCGCCGCCGAAUGAAUGCACAACGCUCUUACUAGUUUACAACACAGUAUUAAUAUUAUUUUAAUUUACAUGAUAAUAUUUUAUAUUAUUAUUGAACUCGCGCCCGUCAGUGCGAAAAACCGCGAAUGAAAUAAUAUUAUUUUUAAACCGCCGCCGUCGGUCUUUAUUAUUUUUUUUCUUAUUUUCUUCGUCGUCUCGUCCGCCCGAUGUCUGUCGUUUACCGUGCAAUCUGCACGAAGAUUGUUGAACAUUUAAAAACAUAAUAUAAUAUUAUAAUAAUACGUCUACGCGUACACACCGUCUUAUUACAUUCGGUUCCGUUUCGUUUUUGAUUUUCGAUUCUCGGUCACGGUUAUACACACGCACUACUAUUUGUUUUACGCGUCAACUUUCAACUUUACUGCCAACUACGUGACGGCGCUCGUCUGUAAUAUUUUUGUCACUGAACCACAAUCCGUAACAUCAUUUGACAUACACGCUUGCGGCUCUGCUGCGAAAUCGGAUCCAUGACUAAAGACCAAGCAAGUAAACGUUUUUAUCGCGUGGACAGUAAUUAUGAUUUUACUGCAUUUAUGGAUCGCGGCCAAACAGCUGCUAACGAAAACCGAUGGGUUUUUGAAACAGCUUGGGAAGUCUGCAAUAAAGUCGGUGGUAUUUAUACAGUUAUUAGAUCCAAAGCAUUUGUCUCAACUGAAGAAAUGGGAGAACAGUAUUGUUUAUUAGGUCCUUAUAAAGAAAACUAUGCUCGGACAGCUGUUGAAGAAUUAGAAUAUGAAGCAGGAUCUCCUUAUCACACAGCAGUAACAAAAAUGAGAGAUCAAGGAUUUAAGUUGUUGACAGGUCGAUGGUUAGUCGAUGGUAGUCCACAAGUUAUAUUGUUUGAUAUUGGUUCAGCUGCUUGGAAAUUAGAUGAAUACAAGCAAACUUUAUGGGAUGCAUGUAACAUAGGAAUUCCGCAUUUAGAUAUAGAAGCUAAUGAUGCAGUAAUUUUGGGAUAUUUAAUAAGUGAAUUUCUUUCAGAAUUUCGAAUGGCAGCAGCAGCAUACAUUGAUUCAACACCACUGGUGGUUGCUCAUUUCCACGAAUGGCAAGCUGGCAUAGGAUUGAUUGCAUUACGUACAAAAAAAGAACCAAUUGCUACAGUGUUUACAACUCAUGCCACAUUAUUAGGCCGAUAUCUCUGUGCAGGAAAUACUGAUUUCUAUAAUAAUUUAGACAAAUUCAAUCUCGAUGAAGAAGCUGGUAAAAGACAAAUUUAUCACCGUUAUUGUAUGGAACGAGCAGCAGCACAUAUUGCACACGUUUUUACAACCGUAUCUGAUAUCACUGGAAAAGAAUCUGAGUAUUUGCUCUCUCGAAAGCCUGAUAUUAUUACUCCCAACGGAUUGAACGUUGUCAAAUUUUCGGCUUUACAUGAAUUUCAAAAUCUUCAUUCACUAUCCAAAGAGAAGAUUCAUGAUUUUGUCCGCGGUCAUUUUUAUGGACAUUAUAAUUUCGAACUGGAGAAGACAUUGUAUUUUUUUACGGCUGGAAGGUAUGAAUUUUCUAACAAAGGAGCAGACAUAUUUAUUGAAGCAUUAUCUCGUUUAAACCAUUAUUUGAAAAAUGCCAAUUCAGAUAUGACUGUCGUAGCCUUCCUAAUAUUUCCUGCGCGGACAGACAACUUCAACGUAGAAAGUCUUCGUGGCCAUGCCGUUACCAAAAGCUUACGAGACACUAUACUAGAAUUACAAACAAAAAUCGGCCGGAGGAUUUACGAAAUAUGUUUAAGGGGUCGAAUGCCUGUCGAAGAAGAAUUGUUAAACAAAGAAGACACCGUGAGAUUGAAACGGUGUCUGUACGCUUUACAGAGAGACGACCUGCCGCCUGUGACCACGCAUAACGUAGUAAAUGAUUGGUGCGAUCCUGUAUUGAAUACGAUACGAAGAUGUAAACUGUUCAACACCACGUCCGAUAAAGUUAAAAUUGUGUUCCACCCAGAAUUCUUGUCCUCGACUAACCCGCUGUUCGGAUUGGACUAUGAGGAAUUUGUGCGGGGUUGUCACUUGGGAGUAUUUCCAAGUUACUACGAACCAUGGGGAUACACCCCCGCCGAAUGCACAGUCAUGGGAAUCCCGUCAAUAACUACAAACUUAUCGGGUUUCGGUUGUUUCAUGGCCCAGCACAUCGCCGAUCCAUUGAGUUAUGGAAUUUACAUCGUAGACCGUCAAAACAUCAGCGUUGAAGAAUCUGUCAGACAACUGGCGCAAUAUAUGUACGAUUUUGCGAGAAUGAGUCGUAGACAACGGGUGAUCCAGCGAAACCGUACCGAACGGCUAAGCGAUUUGCUCGAUUGGCGUAAUUUGGGAAUUUACUAUCGUCAAGCUAGGUUGAAAGCAUUGUGUCAAGUGUUCCCGGAUAUGUUUGAUGAAGAAACAGAAAUGUUAUGCAUUACUGAAGCAUCAAGACGUCGAUAUAACUAUCCUCGUCCUUAUUCUGAACCACCUUCACCAUCGAGUAGCCGACCAACCACACCAGGCGCUUCACUACACGGAUCAGACGACGAAGAUAUUGAUGAUGAGCGUGAGCUUGCGGAGCUUUCAAAUCAUACAAGUUAUUAACUAUACAUAUAUAGUUUGUUGCUGUAAUAAAUAUUAAAUAAUAUAUAUUUAACACAUAAUAUAAUACUU